GACCAAUUAGCUUUAACUUAAUCACGUUGGAAUCAAAACACUAAAAAUCUUCAGAGAACAACGUUUUCAUCUCCAAACAAAUAAAUUUAUUUUCUUACUCGCCGCCGGUAAGGAGAAAAUGAGUUCCGGGAAAAAUCCGUUGAGCCAUACUACCUGUGCAGUAGUAGAGAAAAUAGAGCUUGAUAAUCGAAUUUCUCUUCGGUAUUACUAUAGAAUCGCCGAUAACCUUCUCCAAGAGGCAAAUAUUCAUCGGCAGAUGAAGAAUAUCGUAGAUUUGUAUACUGCACUACUUAAGUUUGCAAGUCUAAUUUCUGAAACCAUACCUAUUCAUCGAGAUUAUAUAGCUUCAAAUCAGGCAGAAAAAUCGUACUACAAAAAGAAAUUGUUACUCGCACUAGAAGAAAUGGAAUCUUUGAAGCCACAAGUUCAAAAGCGAGUGAAUGAAAUCCGAAAUGGCCAUACUCCAAAUAGCCAGCAGCGAGUUGAGAAACAAGACACAAGUCGAUCUGAUAGGCCAAAUCCCACCACUUCCUUGCACCUUGAAAUUAAACAGAAUUGGGGUACAUCAGGAAUACCUACUUCUCCAAGGGGAAGUAGAACCGAGCAGAAGCACCAAGAACGGGGAUCUAGCUCCAGUACAACUCGCUACAUGCAUUCCCAGAAUUAUAUUCCUGCUCGAUAUGAAACACCAGUUGCAACCGCAUUCCCAUCAGCUCCACCAAUCGAGAGUGUAAUCAUAGACAACAGUCCAAUUCCCUCUCAUUUGAUCGAUUCAGAUACUGUUGAUGCGACAUCCUCAAUGGUAGAGAACUUAAGUGUUAAAGCUGUUGAAGAGAAAGGAAAUACCACUGCGUCUGCAUCAUGUGCGAUAUGUUUGGAUGCCCCAAUUGAGGGAGCUUGUGUACCAUGUGGUCACAUGGCCGGGUGCAUGUCUUGUUUGAACGAAAUAAAAGCCAAGAGAAUGAGUUGCCCUGUUUGUCGGGCCAAGGUUGAGCUGGUUCUGCGUCUGUAUGCUGUUUGAAGAAUAUUGUCAAUUCGAUGGGUGGUGAAUUUAAGGUACAUUUUGAAAAGGCGUUGAUAUGUAUGUUUGCAUUUUAUGUUUUAGAUUAGGGAUGAUUAUGUAAGUCAUUUUCCGUCCCUCCAUUUGUUAUAUCUGUCUCUGACCUUUUGAAACAUCCGUAAGAUCAAAUCUUUUGCAACCCUGUGAAAGCAUGUUAAUGAAGUUCAUGUUCGAUAUGAUAGUUUGUUUGUUA